ACAAAGACGCAAGAAAAAGUCUCUUGCCUCUUCGGCAGCUGCAGUCUUUUUCCCGGACUCCCUCCCGGCUAGCACCGAAGCCCGAGCCUCAGCUCCCAGUCCCCGCCCGCCCCGGCGGCUGAGCAGACAAGCCUCUCGGGCUGAACUGCUCCCGUCAGUAAACCAUUCGACCUCAGGACUGUCAAGAGGCUCAUCUAGAAGAUCAGGUCUGCUGGAAUUGGGCAACCUCCUUCCUCUCCCCAAAGACACGUCAAAAAAGAUGGUAAAUACCACUCAUACGGGCAUGAUACCACCUUGAUGCAGAUUCACAAAGAAGAUGCUGGAAGCCAAUAGAGAAGAAGUGAUGACAGCUUCACUGCUUCUUUGGGGACAAGUUGUGUGUGUGAAUGACUGUUUAGAAGACAGCGACUGUGGAAGAGGAAGAGAAUGCGUGGAGCGUGGCUGUUCGCUCAUCUGCUCCCCACAGGCUCAAAGAGAUGUGUGUGUGAAUGACUGUUUAGAAGACAGUGACUGUGGAAGAGGAAGAGAAUGCGUGGAGCUUGGCUGUUCGCGCAUCUGCUCCCCACAGGCUCAAAGAGGAACCUGUGUGGAUCACUGCCAAGGAAACUGGGACUGUGGGGCUGGAGAACAAUGUAUCAAGAAGGGAUGUAAUCGAGUCUGCUCUUCAGUCCAGGACCAAGUAGGUAUCUGUGUGGAGGAAUGCCAAGGAUCCUGGGACUGUGCUCUAGGGAGUUGGUGUGUCAAGAGAGGAUGUGGCCAUGUCUGCGUACCCUUCAGAAAGCUACGUGAACAGAGACCUGGAACUUGUCCACCACUGCCAAAAGGAUCGUUUGGACCUUGUGUUGAAAUGUGCAAAGGGGAUGAGUUCUGUCCCCCGGGACAAAAAUGCUGCAGCAAUGGUUGUGGACAUGUUUGCACCGCUGUUCAAGCCGAGGACGACUACAUUGUCUUUUCGGAUGAUAAUUGAACCUUGGCCUCCUUCAGUAACUGUUCCCAAACGUCGUCUUUAUUCUAAGAGCUGUGCUUUCUUACUGACCCCAGGAUCACAGGAUGUGGAUCUAAAAUAACUUGGUUUAAGUGCUGAAUUCUGGCAAUUGUUUGAGGAAUCAUGGGGUGACUGCUUUCAAAAUUAUCUUUCUUGUUAAUAAAAUGAUUUCUGUAGCAUUUUG